AUGGAUGGAGUGCUAGAGGAGGACAAGGAAAGAAAUAAGAAUUCACUAAUAGAUGUCUUCUGCAAUGAUUUGCAGAAUCCAUAUGUUCUAUCGGCGGAUCCUUGUGGCUCAAGUAGUGGAUCAGCAAUAGCAGUGGCAGCAAACUUGGUGGCAGUGUCACUGGGGACUGAAACGGGUGGUUCCAUCAUAUGCCCAGCCAGUUUUAAUGCAGUCGUGGGCAUUAAACCAACCGUUGGCCUCACUAGCCGAGCAGGGGUCAUCCCAAUUUCUCCAAGACAGGACACCAUAGGACCCAUAUGCAGGACUGUAUCAGAUGCUGUUCAUGUUCUUGAUGCCAUUGUAGGCUUCGACCUCAAUGACGCUGAAGCAACUGGAGAAGCAUCAAGUGCAUCCCCCAUGGCAAAAGGAGCAGUUUUAGUAGACAGUUUGGAAAUAGCCAACAUUGAUGUCAUCAUGAACUUCAAUCUGAGUGGUGAAGCAACAGCAUUGUUGGCUGAAUUUAAGUUGUCCUUAAAUGCAUACCUCAAAGAGCUCGUGGAUUCCCCUGUUCGCUCUUUGGCAGAUAUAAUAGCUUUCAACCAAAAAUUCUCUGAUUUG